CUCUUUACCUCUUCUCUCCAUGCUGCGUAGCAAUCCAGUUUACUCGGACCCGACUACUUUAACCCCCCCUGCGUACGUCAUCUCUGCUGACCAACCUGAUGGAGCAUAAAUGAGCGCUGCACGCAACCAUGGCCAGGCUCCGCAGCCAGCCGGAGAUGCGCAGUCCAACACGCGCAGCGCUGCGUUGCAAGGUGCCUCGAGAGCCUUCUCCAAGCCCGCUGUGAAGCCGAAGCCGGCGACUAACACGUAUACUGGACGGGGAAAUGCAGCAUUGCUGGCGGCCACGAGGGUUGGAACAGGCAGCCCAGCACCCUUGCGGAGAGAUCACACUGGCGACUCGGCAAGCAUCACCAGACCGAACCUCUCCGGCACAGACAGCACUGCUUCGCUGAGCGUGCCUGACGAGCACGCCAACCCCGUGUCCUCUCCGUCAAACAUCGCGGCACGGCUGGCGGCUGCCCGACACAGCCCUCUGAGGCCCAUACCCCAACCAAGGCUACAGCCAGCGCCUGCGAUACGCGAACAAGAGCCAAACGAGAUGGAUACACUACCUCCCGCUGGCAGUGUGGGAAGUCUACUCGCAAGGCUUGAGCCCAAGAGGCCCGGCCAGCAACCCCAGAAGAGAAGGGACAGCCUUGGGUCGCAAUCAACUGCAAGCCACGCUCAACGACGGGAGCCACCCAACAAGCCUACCGACGAUACCCCCAUUCCGCCUACGAAUACGCUGGUGAAAAUGUUUGAGCAAGGCCAGCCAAUGAUCCCGAGCCGACACUCGUCUCCGUCUCCACCUUUGCACGUUGCGCGAAGCUCACCACCUCCUGUCCGCUCCCCGAAACCACGGCGUACAUUCAGCCUACCGCCAGACCCUGGCGACGACGUUCCGUUGCAGAGGAAGAAGACGCAGACGCCCCCACCGGUCAAACCGAAGCCAAAGCCCCAGAUCCAACUGCCUCCGCGAUACGCCGAUGGCUCCGGUAACAAGGCAUACUUCAAUACACCCAAGAAGGAUCCCAUGAAGUCUCCUGCGAUCAAACAGAAGCAAGUACAACUGGCUGCCUCCAAGCCACCUAAAACGCCACCGCCGAAGCCAGUGGAGCUGUCAGGGUCGCCCUCGGCACAAAGAAGGAGGAUUUCGACGUCUAUGGAAAGCUCCAGACCACCAUCAACACCAUCUUCUUUCAAGUCUGCCAAGGAAGAGCAAGAAGGAGAGGAAGAGGAAGAGGAAGAGAAGAAACUCAAGCCAACUGUGCCUCCACCUCGUCGGUCAACUUCGCGGAAAAUUGAGCCGGCACCACCUACCCAGAAGCUUCAACCGACAACGCCUAUACAGAUCAAGCCGCGCGCAGACAGCCAAAAGCCAAGUUCGGUAUCUCCGAUGCCGAAUCUCUCGCCUCAUCGGCCAACAUCCAGUGCAAGGACCGCUUCGCCUUCGGUGUAUCACAACAACUAUCAGCGCGAAUCAGUCAAACAGAUUACACAGCACAUGACAGGAGAGUCUCUGUCGAGUGCCAUCAUGGGCGCAGCUUUGGCUUCACACUCUCGUACUGUUUCUCCUGCGUCUCGGCCCAUAUCAGUUGAGCCUCUAUUUCCACCGCGCAAGCAGCACCACCAUCAUCUGCCGUUCCACCGAUCCCCUUCGCCGCAGAAGAAUUCGCCCCCCAGAAGCACAGGGAAGUUGCGGACCACAAUGCGCAAAGAGCCUUCGUCGUCAGACGAUGAAGAUAAGGCCGACAAGUACAAGAAGAAGGGCACGCGAAUCAUGGGUAUCAAAGGGCGAAAACAUCCGAACAAACACCACGAGGGUACGCGUAAGCGAUGGCGUGAUCAGAUUACUGACCGAGAGCGAAAGCGCUACGAGGGGGUUUGGGCGGCAAACAAAGGCCUUCAUAUACCCUCAUCACUUAGUGCGCCACUUGACGACGAUCCAUCCGCCGAUGUUCUGAACAUUGUGGUCAAAGAGAUCUGGAUGAGGAGCCGCUUACCGACACUUGUAUUGGAGGAGAUAUGGGACCUGGUGGACGGACGAGCCAUUGGGCGGCUGACCAGAUAUGAAUUUGUUGUUGGUCUUUGGUUGAUUGACCAGCGCCUCAAAGGAAGGAAAUUGCCCGUCAAAGUCAGCGACAGCGUGUGGCGGAGCGCAAGGGGUGUUGACAUCAAAGUCAAGAUUAGACAUUGAUAGAGAAGCAUGAGCGUCGGGAGACGUUGCCAUGCUGUUGGGCUUUGUGUGUCAUAGAUCCUAGAGAUACCCUUAACCAUAGUUCGUUCCUUGUUCCUUGUUUCUUCUCCUCCUACCACAAUCAUAC